AAUUCGACUCCGUCAGCCCGAGUAUCAUUUUAUCUUUGUCGGUAAGCGUGUACAGAAUAGGCCCCCAGCAGUGUAGUCAACAAACCACAUAAUUUCCAGUCAAGCAAGAAUAUAUUACAAGUGUAAAAGAUGUUACCAACAAUGUCAAAGGAUUCGGAGAUUAAAGAUGGAGAAAACAAGAAUCUGAUUAAGAUUGUAGAACGGCCAACAUUUAUAUUAAAGACUAGAGAAGGAGAAAAUAGAGCUGUUUCUCCAAGUCAACGUAAUGGUCACAAAAAAGAUGCCGAUAUGUCUUCAGCGGCACCAUCAAAAAUACAAGAAUCGAUUCGUAUGCUUUCCAUAUGUCCUGAAAUGAAUACAUGCAUCAAGUUCAUGGAUGAAAAUAUGCAACUAUGUGAAAAUACAAUAGAUUUUUUACAUGAUCAACAAGACUUUUUAGUCGUUGGAUGCUUAGGUGCACAAGGUGUUGGUAAAUCAACAAUCAUGUCACUGCUAACAUCACAUUACUCAUCUAACAUUUUUCCAGUUCAAGAUUUGUCACAUUAUGAAAAUAGUACAAAUUGUACCACUGGAAUAGAUUUCUUUAUAACUAAAAAUAGGGUAAUAUAUUUGGAUACACAACCAAUUCUUUCUGGAUUUGUGAUUGACUCUGCUGCAUCCUUUGAUCAGAAAAAAGGUGCACCUGAUUUUAUGAAUAGUGAUUCUAACUUGGAAUUACAAUCACUUCAGUUUGCAGCAUUUCUAUUUUCAGUGUGCCAUGUUAUCAUAUUUGUACAAGAUUGGUUUGUCGAUCCAAAUUUAGUGAGAUUUUUACAAACUGCAGAAAUGUUAAAACCAUCUUCAACAACAGUCAUAGAUCAAGAUUAUGUAGAAUAUUAUCCACACCUUAUAUUUUUACAUAAUAAAGCAGAAUUGCAAGAUUUUAUGCCAGCUAUUAUUGAUGAAAUGAAGGAUUUUUAUAAUAAAGUAUUUUCUAGUUCUCGACUACAAAUUCAUAGUGGUAUAGAUAUGAAUCAUUGUUCGACAGAUAGUGGUUUAAAUUUAUUUUUGAUACCUUCGAGAACUAGACAAGAAGAUAUAAUUUUUUGUGAAAAUGAAGAAUUUCUUAUAGACAAACUGCGAACAAGGAUAUAUGGAGUUCCUAGGAAUUCGAUUACACCUUCUGUGUUAACAGAAAAAAAUUGGUAUCAUUAUGUUUCAAAAGUCAUAGAAGUUAUAAAGAAAAGCCAUCUGUCUUCUGAAUAUGGAAGAUUAAUGCCUUAAAUCUAAAAAUUUAUAUGAAAGAAGAAUGUAAAAAGAAAUGA